AUUACAGAUAAGAGUAAGUGUUUGAGAGUUGACUCCUUUGUCCUUCCUCUUUAGGAUUCUCCUCUGGGCUCUGGUAAGGUAUUAGAAAGAUCAAAACUUUUUGGAUUCCCUGAAAUUGGGUGAAAGAUGGGUAACGCUCUUACGUUUCUCUACGGAAAAUGCUGCAAACCCACAACAACCGAUGACUCUCUUGGUCCUCACGGCGUCUCCGCCGCCACCGUCGGUGUUUCAGCUCUCGCUCACGAUCUCUUCAACUUCGAGAUCACUUCCCAGGUUCCUGAAGGGCUUGGGAGGUAUGUUCAGUCAUCUAGAAAAGCUCAAGCAAACUGGUAUAGAAAAAUACUUGAGGCAUGGAAGCAAGCAAAACCUCCACCGCAGACAGCUGAGGAAGCUUCUAGGCUUGUCACUGAUAUCUUAAAAAGGAAUCAGAAAGCUGAUGUUGAGGGGCUUUUGUCUUUCUAUGGACUCCCUUUGUCUCAUACUCUAGUUGAAGUCACUGUUGAAGCUCCUGUGUCUUUGCCUGAAGGGAUUCUUUUCGAAUUUCAAACACUUCCGGUGGAUCCAAAAGCUGUGGCAGAUGGAGACACCAUCACAGUGUAUGUCAGUACUUCAGAGCCGGUUGUGUCAUCUUCUGUUCCAAGGGAAGUCAAUCUUGCAGCUGUUCAAAGAGCAAAAGCACGUGAGAAGAGAAAUUAUCCAAAAGCUGACGAACUUCACCAAAAGAUCAUUGAUUCUGGUUACAGGGUACUAAAUAUUGAGAAUGAGGAAGUUCUUGCUCGGAAGUUCAGAAUUAGACUAAGGUAAAGAUCACUCUUUUCCUUUAAGAAAAGCUCAACUAGUUCUACCAUGGAUUAUUUUGUUUAGUGAAGCUGUUUGGUGAUGGGAAAGGAAAUAGGGGAAUAGAUGCACCAGAGAGCCAAAUGCCGUUUGGGAAAGAGGCACAAGAAGGGCUCUUAAAGAUUGUUGGGCGGAAAAGCUUGAAGGUGUUAGUUUAUGGAGAAGAUCAAUAUGGGCGAUGCGUAGGUGAUUUAUACUGCAAUGGGAUCUUUGUCCAGGAGGCAAUGUUAAAGAAAGGGCUUGCUUGGCAUUACUUAGCUUAUGACAAGCGCCCGGUUCUCGCAAAGUGGGAAAAGGAGGCAAGGCAGAAGCGUAUUGGCUUGUGGGCUUCUUCAAAUCCAGAGAAGCCAUGGGACUGGAGAAAGAAUAAUAGGCGGGAAUAGUCAACCGACUUUGUUUGGGCAAAAUCACAAACCAAGUAAUCAGCGUUUAAGACAAUUGAGAUUUGUGAUUGUUGAGGGUUUUUGUUUAAAUCCUCAGCCCUAUUCUGUGUGUAAAUGGUUUGUGCACUCACCCUAUCUUUGAUGAGACAUAUCGAGAUAUUAUAGAGUUAGCAAAUUGAUCAAAAUCAGUAAUGUGGUGUAGUGCUAUUAACCAAAUCUUUCUCUAAGAAGUCACCAGUGAGAAGACAGUCAGAGACGAUUGGUACAAUGAUAUUCAGACAAACCUUUACGGUAACCUCUAAAACUCAAGCCAAUAUCAGAGACAUACUCUGAAACCAAAAUCCCACCUAAAUCUGUUGUGAAACAAAACCUUUAUUUUGUUUGGGAGCGAUUUAAUUUUAUUUUUCCGGUUUGUUGUAUAAUGGAACACAUGAUUAUUAUUGACUGCUGUCGUGUUAUCUAUAUGAGUUUUUUUUU